UUGUUGUUGUUUUGUGUUUUCGUGAAAACUCGCCCGGUAACGGAGACUUUCCCCGUUAAUGUCCGGUCACGUGACGGCGCGACCCGCGCCACGAGGCACUGGUGACUUCCGAGAGCGAUGGAUCUUCAGACGACAGAAACUGUGAAGGGGGGAGGAGAAGGGGAGGAAAGAGGGAGGAAGAGGAGACCCGAGGAAGAGGAGGACAAAGAGGAGACCUCCUCAAACAAGAAGCAGGAGGCCGAUCACAGUGUGAAGGUGGCCAGUCACUACAACCGCCUACAGGAAGUGGGUCUGGCUGCCAGAAGCCAGAGCAGAAUCUUCUUCAUGAGGAACUUCAACAACUGGCUGAAGAGCGUCCUGAUCGGUGAGAUCCUAGAGCAGGUGCGGGGGGCGGGGUCUCGGCAGGUGUCUGUGUUGGAUCUGGGCUGUGGGAAAGGAGGAGACCUUCUGAAGUGGAGGAGAGGAGGAAUCAAUCACCUGGUCUGUGCAGAUAUAGCUGGAGUGUCUGUGGAGCAAUGUCAGAGUCGUUAUGAAGAGAUGAAGAGGAAAAGUCACGUUAACGAGAAAAUCUACAGCGCUCAGUUCAUCACUGCCGACUGCUCCAAGGAGGUUCUGUCAGAGAAGCUGGACGACCCGAAGCUGAUGUUUGACAUCUGCAGCUGUCAGUUUGUGUUUCAUUACUCGUUUGAGAGCGAGCAGAAGGCGAACGUGAUGCUGAGAAACGCCUGCGAGCGUCUGAAACCCGGCGGGUUCUUCAUCGGAACGACACCAGAUGCCUUCGAACUUGUUAAACGUUUGGAGGCGUCGGACUCCCUGUCGUUUGGUAACGAGGUGUUUAAAGUCUCGUUUCAGUCCAAAGGUUCGUACCCUAUGUUCGGCUGUCAGUAUCACUUCAGCCUCGAGGACGUGGUCGACGUUCCAGAGUUCCUCGUCUACUUUCCUCUUCUAGAGCACAUGGCCAAACGCUACAACAUGCGUCUGGUGCUGAAGCAGAGGUUCUCUGAGUUUUCUGAGGAGAAGGUGAAGAAGGAGCAUCACCGCAGCCUCAUGAUGAAAAUGAUGGCGCUAGAGCCGUUUCCCUGUGAGGACGGAGGUCGACCGGCUACAGACACCAAAGGAGAGUACAUCCAUGCUAAAGAGCACUGCGGCAGCACUGGAGUCAAACUACCACUGGGAACUCUGAGCAGAUCUGAGUGGGAAGCAACCAGUAUCUACCUGGUGUUCGUCUUCCAGAAGAUGUCCUGACGAUGAAGACGUGAACUCACCUGCUGCUCAGCUGUUGUCCAUGUUGUGUGUUUUCUUUUUGAUAAGGUGUGAACUGUUUGGGUUUGUUGAAAUGAAUAAGAAUAAACGUUAAAGUCAGAAGAGUCUUGUCUAUGCAGUGACCAUGAUUUGAACGUCACAGUUCAGCUUCAGUCACAACUUCCACAAAGUGUUGUCUUCUUCAAAAUAUAGGGUUGUGCAACUUGAGUUGAGAAAACCCCCCAUGUCCCUGAUGCUGUGGUCAUGUGACGUAGAACAUGUAUCAUAUUAAUUUUACAUAUAUUUAUAUGCGAGUGUUUAUAUAUAUAUAUAUAUAUAUAUAUAUAUAUAAUUUCUGGUCUACAUGUUUAUAUUCUUGAUUGGAGCAACUGUAAAGAUUCGGUUUCCCUCUGAUUCUGUUGUUUCUGGUUAGGACCGUUAGGGGGCGCUCCAAGUGCACUGCUCACAUCUCUGAUCAAACAUCUGGAUGAGUGGGAUUCACAUGUGGGCACCAGGUGGCGCUGUAGAGACUCAGGUCUGUGGAUCAACCCUCACAGAAGGAAAACUGACACUUGUGAUCGUGUGACAUAAUUCAUCUUUAACAAAAAAUAAUAAACAGUAGAACUUCA